CAAGCCCAAAGCCCAAACUUCCAGCUCCAGCUUCCGUCCAUGGCGCCCUCUGCUCUGCUCCGCGCCGCCGCCGCCGCACUCCGCCGCCGCGCCCGCAUCGCCGCCCCGCUCCAGUCCAUCUCCCCGCUCACCCACACCCUUACGCCUCCUCCCUUUCCUUUUCCCUUUCCCGAUCCCACCCCUAUCCCCGCUGCCCGGCAGCACCUCAUCACCCUAACCCGCCGGCCAUGCCCGAACCCUCCCUCGGCGGCGGCAUCCUCCUACUACGUCGACAGGAUCCUGCUUCCCAGCACAUUCUCGCGCCCUCACUCCACCGACGAGGGGAAGGAGGACGGCGUCCCGGCGGCGGCGUCGUGGGUGGAGAGGCGCCUGCCAGAGGCGGCGCGCCCGUACGCGAUGCUUGCCCGCCUCGACAAGCCCAUCGGCACCUGGCUCCUCGCCUGGCCCUGCAUGUGGUCAAUCGCAAUAGCGGCUAUGCCGGGGGAGCUCCCUGACUUGCAAAUGUUGGGAUUGUUCGGGUGUGGAGCUAUCCUUCUCAGGGGGGCUGGUUGCACAGUGAAUGAUCUUCUCGACCGCGACAUUGAUAACAAGGUUGAGCGCACCAAAACCAGGCCUUUUGCUUCAGGUGCUCUAACCCCUACCCAAGGAGUGUGCUUCCUCGGAUCACAGCUACUGCUGGGAUUGGGCAUUCUUCUCCAGCUGAACAACUUUAGCCGUGUUCUUGGGGCAUCUUCUCUUCUUUUGGUGUUUACUUAUCCCCUGAUGAAGAGGUUCACAUUUUGGCCUCAGGCGUUUCUUGGCUUGACCUUCAACUGGGGAGCUUUGUUAGGAUGGGCUGCUAUCAAAGGAAGCCUAGACCCUGCAGUCAUCCUUCCACUGUAUACUGCCGGUAUAUGCUGGACAUUGGUGUACGAUACCAUAUAUGCACAUCAGGACAAAGAAGAUGACCUGAAAGUAGGUGUUAAGUCCACAGCAUUAAGGUUUGGAGAUUUGACCAAGCAAUGGAUCAGUGCCUUUGGUGCUGCAUCGAUUGGCAGCUUGGCGCUCAGUGGCUACAAUGCUGAGCUUGCAUGGCCCUACUACCCUCUUCUGACAGCCGCAGCUGCACAGCUGGCAUGGCAGAUUUCAACAGUCGACUUGUCUAACCGCGCAGACUGCAACAGGAAAUUUGUGUCAAACAAGUGGUUGGGAGCUCUGGUAUUCUGGGGGGUUGUUUUUGGGCGACUUACAUCAUGAUACAUUUUUUAUAGUUCUGAUAGAACCAAUACAUUUCUGUGGCUAUACAAUUUAUUUAGGGUCUACUGCAGACUGAACAUAUUUUUUAUGUUCUAGGAAGGUUUUCUCCUAGGCAUCCCAGGGCUUUAUUCCACAUUCUGAGGAUUCAGAGAAAACACAUUGUUGUAAAACACAUUGUUGUGCAUUGAUGUAAUCGACAGCAGCGAGCUCCGCGUCGAAAAGCGAAGCGAGCCAUUGAUGUAAUUAUUCUGAUAUAUGAACUCUCCAUGACACAAUAUCAUGAUCAGUGAUACUCCUUGAGGAACAAAAUUACGAUUCGGUCGAAACA